GAGAAUAUUUAGAUUAGAUGCACAGUGGCAACCGUCAGAGUAAGUUGUGCAAAACUGAGCGAGAAGAAUAUUUGAGAAUACUACCCAACCUAAAGCUACUACCAGGCAGACGUGUGCCUGUUGGGACGUAAAUAUGGGGAAAGAUUAUUACAAAAUUUUGGGCAUCGACAAAGGAGCCAACGACGAUGUUAUCAAGAAGGCGUAUCGGAAAAUGGCCCUCAAAUACCAUCCGGACAAGAAUAAGUCCCCGGGGGCUGAAGACAAAUUCAAGGAGAUUGCUGAAGCGUUCGAUGUCCUGAGUGACUCAAAGAAGCGGGAGAUAUACGACAAAUACGGCGAGGAAGGAUUAAAACAGGGGGCCGGUGCACCCCCUGGAGGUGGCAAUCCUGGCGGACCGCAAACCUACACUUUCCAAGGAGAUCCCCACGAAACAUUCAGAAUGUUUUUUGGUGAUGAAAACCCAUUCGGAAGCUUCUUUUCGUUUGGUGGCGGUCCUGGCAUGUCAGGCGGUUCCAGGACCUUCCGUUUCGGCCCUGGUGGUGGACAAGAAGAUAUGGAAGUGGACGACGACCCGUUCGCAAGCUUCGGCGGUUCUCACGGCAUGCACGGGUUCCAAAGUCGAGGUCCACGGAUGGGAAACAGACCAAAGAAGCAGGACGCCCCGAUCACAAGGGACUUGCAAGUGUCAUUAGAGGACAUAUACAAAGGAUGCACCAAGCGACUGAAAAUCACCAAGAAGGUGAUCGGUUCCGAUGGAUCGGUGAGAUCAGAGGAUAAAGUACUGACAAUUGAAGUGAAGCCAGGCUGGAAAGCCGGCACCAAGAUCACCUUCCCCAAGGAGGGAGACCAAAGGCCUAACAGUGUGCCAGCAGAUGUUGUGUUUGUGAUCAAAGACAAACCUCAUCCCACGUUUGUACGGGAUGGUAGUGACUUGAGGUACAAGGCCAAAAUAACUCUCAGAGACUCUUUGUGUGGAACAACACUUCAAGUACCAACUAUAGACGGAAGGACCAUUCCUUUGCGGCUGACUGAGGUGAUUAAACCAUCCAGUACGAAGAGGAUACAGGGGGAGGGGUUACCAAUGCCUAAACAACCAAACAGGCGUGGUGAUCUUAUUAUCGAAUUUGACAUUAAAUAUCCAAGUUCUUUAUCAACCAAUGUGAAGGAGAUUUUAAGUGAUUGUCUACCAAGAUCAUAGCAUAUAGGAACAGUGUAAUUUAAGAAUGACGUUUAUUUAAGUUGAUAUUUUGUACCUCAUUUGAAUUUUGUUGGAGUGAUGCGAUGUACACUUGGUACAUAUGUCAAGCCCAGGCUGUGGUGAUGUGUUGUGUACAGUAUCCCACUUGCUGAACAGUUUUGCACAUUGUAAUUAAUGUGUUAGGCAUGGAUGAACAGUUCCUUUGAGGACAAUGACUACAGCAGUGCCUGCCAAGUAUUAUUUCAAAUUAUGUGGCAUUGAAAUAACUAAUUUAUGUUGAAUAUAUGAGAUUGCUUGAGGUACAGGAUUAAAACCU